AGCGCCCAUUGGAUGAUGAAUGUCGGUCACUUCGGCACCUCGCCAACUCGGCACCUGCCAACUCGGCACCUUGCCAACUCGGCACCUUGUCAACUCGGCACCUUGCCAACUCGGCACCUAGCCAACUCGGCACCCGAAUUUUGCCUCUUUCUCCCGACUUCCAACUCGGCACUUGACCUCCUGCAUCUCAUAUCAAGAUGGCGAGGCCUGUCGGACAAUCUGGCAUUAACAGAGGGAGAGCUUCAACUGAAGGGUAUCCUAGAAGCAAGGUUCCCCAAGGCUACCCUGAUCCAAGUGCAAGAUGUGUCAGGAGGUUGUGGGGCAAUGUAUCAGGUCAACAUCGAAUCUGAAGACUUUGCGGGCAAGAGGACCCUGCAGCAACAUCGCAUGGUCACCCAGGCUUUAGCUGAAGAAGUCAAACAGAUGCACGGCUUGAGAAUAUCUACAUCUGUACCAGAAAAGACCGACACAAGCCCCAGGUGAUAAACGAAAUGGCAGUGUCGGUGUUUUCCUGUAAAAAAACCAAAAACUUUUAGAAAGUGUGUGAACAAAAUCUCCACCUUGACAGCUGAACAAAAUGCGGCCGUAAUUUCACGGCUGCAAAAAUAUCGGCACCAUCGAAACUAACUGCCUUUUUGGAAUGUACAUAGGGAUACAUGUGAAUUUUUUUGUUUUGCCGAAAGAACUUGUACCUUUUUUGUGAUCUGUGGACAGAACUUUAAAUGGCCUUUGUGUUCAAAACUCCGUAACUUGAAAAGGACGUGGGUGAUUUGAAUGACUCUUGUGCUAAAAGAAAGCUCGUUGAUUGGGUUUUCUUAUCCUACUGGUAGAUUUUGUGCUACAGGCAAAACUUCAUUCAAAAAUUGGUCCUGCCAUUUGGGAUGCAUUUGUUUUUUACUCACCCUGUAGUUCUGAUUCCUUCGAUUUGAAUAUUGGAAAAUUUGAGCAGUCUCGAAGAGAGAGAUGAUGAAAAAUGAAUCCGUUGUGUGGUUCAAUUGACUGUCAAAUGCCACACUUUGGUUGACAACCAUUAUCGGGCAUGGUGUGAGAGCGUCCAUGAGGAAUUUUGAUUCAAAUUUCUUCCUUAAAAUCAGUCAAAUUUCAGCCACCACUGUACCUCAAUAUUAUUUUGAUAAGCUCUUUGUCAAUUUUGACGAGCCCAGAUGCUCUAAAAUCUGAGUGCCAGCCAGCAUUGACUGGCACAUGUUUGGUUUGAAUGAUUGAAUACUAAACUAUUCCACAAUGCACAGCCCUCUAAAAAAAAUGUAUUCUGUUCAUGUGUGCUUAAUACGACUGUACUUUUCGAAGAUUUCUGCUAUUGUAUUUGGGAUCAAAGUGCAACCACUGACUGUCAAAUGGUACCCUGGGCUAGGCUCUUUCAAUCAUGUCUCCAAUGGAUUGUGUGAAGUAGUUCUCACUUGCGCCAAAUUUCCCUUUUGUUUUUUCGUCGGAGCCGUUAACACCAGCACCUGUUCAAUAUGAGUCUGAGCCAACAGUUUGUCGAUCAUUCCUGGAAUAAAACAAAACGUUGCCAAGAUUUUUUUUUUUUCUUUCAAAAGAGGAGAAUAGAUUUUUUUGGCAGCUGCGUUUGUUGAAGUAUAGACUCUCCCUCUGCAUCCUGUUUCAAGAAUACCCCCCCCCCUUGAAAAAAUAAACAAAUCAUGGACAUUGGAGUGAGGCUGGUGAUGUUUUGUGUGAAUGUGACUAAGAAAAAAAGAUGAUGUAUUGUGGCCAUUGUUAAGAUCUGACGACAUGUAGGUCUGCAAUUUGUAACACGCAGACAAUUUUUUUUGGCAGUGGGCACUUGGUUUGAGUGACAGUGGAAAUGCAGCCUCAGAUAAUUUUUCCUGUGGAAAAUAAAAACGUUUAUUAAUCUUUAUUAAAGGGUCCCCAAUAUGAACUUUCUUAGGAACACAUUUUGUGCAACUUUCUACCUCCGCUUCAAUGUAUGAAAACUAUUUGACAUCCCUUUGUGGUUAAUUUUAUUGAAAAGUGCACUAAACAUUUAAACGCCUCCCUGAAAAGAAUUCUGGAUCCACCCUGCUAGCCCCCCCCCUCCCAAAAAAAUAUUGGCUCUAGAACCGCGUCUGAUAAUUGUGCCAUUAAAGUUUUUCGAUAAUAUUAUAUUUCCAUAUAGGUUAAUCCCUUGUGAUUUUUUAAUAAUAAAACUAUACAGUAGUCAGUAGAGGAUGUGACUGUGUAUGUAUUUUCGUUAAA